AUGGCGCGCUUCACACAACUCGCCACCGUCUUGGCGGCUGCGUCUCUGGCCAGCGCCCGCGCACCUUUCAUCAAGGAGCGCCAAGUGCCCGCUGAUCCUACUGGCGUCACGACAAUUACAUCUGCCGCAGGUGCUAAGAUCACGUACAAACAGCCUGGUAAAGCAGGUGUGUGUGAGACUACCGAAGGUGUUGACGACUAUGCCGGCUACAUCAGCCUCAACCCAACCACCAACAUGUUCUUCUGGUUCUUUGAGGCUCGAGAGAAUCCGACAGAGAAGCCACUGACGCUGUGGCUGAACGGAGGCCCUGGAAGUGACUCUCUCAUCGGACUGUUCCAAGAGCAUGGUCCCUGCAACGUUACCGAAGACCUGAAGACACAGCUGAACCCCUACUCAUGGAACGAGCACAGCAACAUGCUGUACCUCUCACAGCCCGUGGGUGUAGGGUUCUCUUACGAGACCACUGAGACAGAUGAAGAUGGCCGCUACUCACUUGUCGAUCCUGACACCGCAAACACGACCGAUGCUGCAGCCAUCGGCGCAUGGCAUAUUCUGCAGGCUUUCCUGGAGCUGAGCCCACAGCUCGACCCUGAUAUUACCAACUUCACUUUCAACCUCUGGACUGAGAGCUACGGAGGUCACUACGGCCCAGGUUUCUACAACUACUUCUAUCAGCAGAACCAGAAAAUUAAGAAUGGCUCAACCGCUGGUGUCGAAGUUCAGAUGGACACUCUUGGUGUUAUCAACGGUAUCAUCGACGAACAGAUUCAGGCACCUUACUACCCUGAGUUUGCUGUUAACAACACUUACGGCAUCAAGGCGGUCAACGACACUGUCUACACCUUCAUGAAGAACGCCUACUACAUGCCUGAAGGUUGCCACGACCAGAUCGAAUACUGCAAGCAAUCAGACCGCACUACCGAAGAUGGCUACCUCACGUGCGCAGAAGCCACCAACCUCUGCCGAUCGUUGGUAGAAGAGCCUUACUACGCAUUCGGAGGCAGGGGUGUCUACGAUAUCAGGCAUCCUUACGACGACCCUACGCCGCCUGAUUACUUCGAGUACUUCCUGAACUUGGCCUCUACCCAAGAGGCAAUUGGCGUGAACAUCAAUUACACUAGCACCAACGCCGCAAAUGUGUCACGCGGUUUCGCUUCGACAGGUGAUUUCGUCUUCCCCAACUUCCUCGAGGACCUUGAGGAGAUCCUGGGCUACGGUGUUCGCGUCGCUCUUCUUUACGGUGACGCCGAUUACAUCUGCAACUGGUUCGGUGGUGAAGCCGUCUCUCUAGCCGUCAACUACACCGACUCCGAGGCUUUCCGCGCCGCUGGUUACACCCCUUUCCUCGUCGACGGCGUUGAAUACGGAGAGGUUCGCGAGUACGGCAACUUCUCGUUUACCAGGAUCUACGAGGCCGGCCACGAAGUGCCAUACUAUCAACCAGUGGCUAGCUUGGAGCACUUCAAGCGUGUGUUGGAUCAUGUUGUUAUUGCAGACGGUAGCCAGGUUGUCACGGAUGACUACAGCACCAACGGCACGGCGAAGGCUACUCACACUGAGUCCUUUGUUCCACUGCCGCCUACCAGCACACCCAGUGCUGUGAGCAGGGUUAAGCGAAGCACUGCAUAG